AGUUGGAUUCAACUGAUACGGUUCGUUGGUUUUUCUUCGAAGAUGAACAAGUGGACACUUUUUGUGGGUCUGCUCUCGGUCAGCGGUGCCGUGUACUGUGAUUUCGGUGUACCGGUCAGUGUGCCUGACUUGUCCGUUGGAAUACGAUUAGCCAUUGGAUUAGGAGUGCAGCCAGUGAUGUUCGUGAAAAAUGCCAUCCAUGUGAAUGCCAGUGUGGAUCCUAGUGGCGUACUUCCAGUGCUUGAAACCAUCGUGAGCAAUGUGACAUAUCCGUUAGGAGAUUUGCUGACAGUGAUUUUGCGUUCGUCAAGUAAUUCCGUUACAAACGUCACUGACGUUUUUCGAACGUUGGAAAAGUUGUCGGCAAGCACGUCUUUGGCCAUUGCCGGUGCACAGAAGUCUGCUACCAAGUUACAGACAACAAUUUCAUCUACGCUGUACUCAAAUAUAACCGAUAGUUUAGCAAUGCUAUCCAACCAGGUAACAGAUUUGGGUUUGGCUCUGGAACAAUUAAUGACAACAUUCCUGACGAUUUCCACCGCUUACCCUCCUUUCACGACGGCAAAUGUGUCUAUGAUUAUAACACCCGGCCUAAUUUCCACCGUAACAACACCAUUGCGAAAUUUGAGCAACACUUUGGUCAGCGUGACAGUUGAUGUGUUAUCCAUCGGAAGAGAUAGACAGAAUGCUAUUUAUUACUCGAACAACAUCAACAUUACAUUGGCAAACGACAAUGCCACCUUAACUCAGUACGUUGUAGCGGUCAACAAAACAGCGAUUAGCACCCUGAAAUCCGCAAUCCAAAUGGCAAACAUCGCGCUAGCGGGAAUUACCCAAUCCUACACCUACAUUGAAGCAACGCCUUCCAAUUACAACAAUGGAAACCUUACCAAACUGAAUGCUUUCCUUGCCAAUGUGACCGCACUAAAUAGUACCGCAUUUGCCAAAGUGAUCGAUGCAACAAACUCUCUGAUCGGAAACGUGAGCUCUACAGUCAACAAGGAAACGGAUAGAUUGGGCGCCACCCUCUAUGCAGCUAUUCAGAAUCUGACGAACCUUACGUCCAUAAGCAGCAGUCCAUUUGCGGAUACGUGCCUGCAGAACUAUGCCCAGGAACUGACGGGACCUUACUCAUCGUUGACUCGCUUUUUGCCAUGUAUCCAGCUGGAGCUUGGAGGAUUUCUACCGAUAACGCAAGCCGCCACAGUUCGAUUCAGUGCCGUGAGAACUUCAGUCAGCUCAUCGGCUAUGCGAUUGAAUUUUUGUUCGAUUCCUAAUGGAAACUGCACCGUUUCGUAUUUCACCGAUUUCGAUGAUUAUACGGUUCGGUUGGCCAAUGGACUGACGCUGGCUACGGAGGUGAUCUCGUUCGGUAUGUACACCAUCCAAGGGCGAAUGACGGACUGCGUGCGAGCCGUUUCCAGUGACAUCCAGGAUGUGAUAGCAGUGGUUCAGCGAAACUAUGGCACCUGCUUGGUUUCCGGAUCGUGAAUACUGUUUGAUUAUAUUUGUCGAUGAUGAUAUUUUUAAGAGAUAAUAAAUAUUAAAAGUGUG